AAAUGAUAGGGGUAUCUGUGCAGAAGGUGCGAAAGAAGCUCUGACCCCCUCCCUCCCCCAAAUCUCCCCCUUCCCAAAUGAAAUGCACAGUUCAGCCAGCUUCUUAACUACACUACACUUUUGCUACUGGCUGCCAAGAGGCUCAAAAAAUCCACCUUCACUUUUCAGUCAGAAGAGGCAGAAGUGGAUGUGAGAGAAAGAGAGACACAGAGAGACAGAGAGCCAAAGAGGGCAAGAGACUUGACUUUAAGAGACUCCUGUACUGACAACUCCAUGCAGUUCGGAACCAGAACGACUGCGGCUGAACCAGGGUUCAUGGGGACAUGGCAAAACGCUGAUACUAACCUUUUAUUCAGAAUGUCCCAACAGGCCAUCCGCUGCACACUGGUCAACUGCACGUGUGAAUGUUUUCAGCCAGGGAAGAUUAACCUGAGGACUUGCGAUCAGUGUAAACAUGGCUGGGUGGCACAUGCCUUGGACAAGCUCAGCACCCAGCACCUGUACCACCCCACGCAAGUGGAGAUUGUGCAGUCCAACGUGGUGUUUGACAUCAGCAGCCUGAUGCUCUAUGGGACACAAGCGGUGCCCGUGCGGCUAAAGAUCCUGCUGGACCGUCUCUUCAGUGUCCUGAAGCAGGAGGAGGUGCUACACAUCCUGCACGGCCUGGGCUGGACUCUGCGGGACUACGUUCGGGGGUACAUCCUUCAGGAUGCUGCCGGCAAGGUGCUGGACCGCUGGGCCAUCAUGUCUCGAGAAGAGGAAAUCAUCACCCUUCAGCAGUUUCUGCGGUUUGGAGAAACCAAAUCCAUUGUAGAGCUGAUGGCAAUUCAGGAGAAAGAAGGUCAAGCCGUGGCUGUACCGUCUUCAAAGACAGACUCAGACAUAAGGACUUUCAUUGAGAGCAAUAAUCGCACCAGGAGUCCCAGCCUCCUUGCUCACCUAGAGAACAGCAACCCUUCCAGCAUCCAUCAUUUUGAAAACAUCCCCAACAGCCUUGCAUUUCUGCUUCCAUUCCAGUACAUAAACCCAGUCUCAGCCCCACUGCUCGGACUGCCUCCCAACGGGCUACUUCUAGAGCAACCAGGACUGAGGCUGCGGGAGCCGAGCCUUUCAACCCAGAAUGAGUACAAUGAGAGCAGCGAAUCUGAAGUAUCUCCCACACCGUAUAAGAAUGAUCAGACUCCUAAUAGAAACGCCCUGACCAGCAUUACUAAUGUGGAGCCUAAAACCGAGCCAGCCUGCGUGUCCCCCAUUCAGAAUUCUGCCCCGGUCAGUGAUCUGACCAAAACUGAACACCCGAAAAGCUCAUUUCGGAUUCACCGGAUGAGAAGGAUGGGGUCAGCCUCUAGGAAAGGAAGAGUGUUCUGUAAUGCAUGUGGGAAGACAUUCUAUGAUAAAGGUACCCUCAAAAUUCAUUAUAAUGCUGUUCACCUGAAGAUCAAACAUCGAUGCACCAUUGAAGGUUGCAACAUGGUCUUUAGCUCCCUCCGAAGCCGAAAUCGCCACAGUGCAAACCCUAACCCUCGCCUUCACAUGCCUAUGCUAAGGAACAACCGAGACAAAGAUUUAAUUCGGGCCACAUCAGGAGCUGCCACCCCCGUCAUAGCAAGUACAAAAUCAAAUCUCACACUCACCAGCCCUGGCCGGCCCCCAAUGGGUUUUACCACUCCCCCACUAGACCCUGUCUUACAGAAUCCUCUCCCUAGCCAGCUGGUGUUUUCUGGGCUAAAGACUGUCCAACCAGUUCCUCCAUUUUAUAGAAGUUUACUCACUCCAGGAGAAAUGGUGAGUCCUCCCACCUCCCUCCCGACCAGCCCCCUCAUUCCCACCAGUGGUACUAUAGAGCAGCACCCCGUGCCACCCUCUGAGCCAGCAGCGCCAGUAGUGAUGAUGGCCACUCAUGAGCCCAGUGCCGAUUUGGCCCCCAAGAAGAAGCCCAGGAAGUCCAGCAUGCCUGUGAAGAUCGAGAAGGAAAUUAUUGAUACGGCCGAUGAGUUUGACGAUGAAGAUGAUGACCCCAAUGACCCCGGAGCUGUGGUCAAUGACGUGAGCCAUGACAAUCAUUGCCACUCCCAAGAGGAGAUGAGUCCAGGCAUGUCUGUGAAGGACUUUUCUAAGCACGGCAGGUCCCGGUGCAUUUCAAGGACUGAAAUAAGAAGGGCCGACAGCAUGACUUCUGAGGACCAAGAACCUGAGCGGGACUAUGAGAACGAGUCUGAAUCUUCAGAGCCCAAACUAGGUGAGGAAUCCAUGGAAGGGGAUGAGCACAUUCACAGUGAAGUGAGCGAAAAAGUCCUGAUGAACAGUGAGAGACCUGACGAGAACCACAGUGAGCCCUCUCACCAGGACAUCAUCAAGGUGAAGGAAGAAUUUACAGACCCCACUUACGACAUGUUUUACAUGAGCCAGUACGGACUAUACAAUGGUGGGGGAGCCAGCAUGGCGGCCCUGCAUGAAAGUUUUGCAUCCUCUCUGAAUUACGGCAGCCCUCAAAAGUUCUCCCCUGAAGGUGACCUGUGUUCUAGCCCAGACCCCAAAAUCUGUUAUGUGUGCAAGAAGAGUUUCAAAAGCUCCUACAGUGUGAAGCUUCACUACAGGAACGUUCACUUAAAAGAGAUGCACGUCUGCACGGUGGCCGGCUGCAAUGCUGCCUUCCCCUCUCGCCGAAGCAGAGACAGACACAGUGCCAACAUAAAUCUGCAUCGUAAACUGUUGACCAAAGAACUCGAUGACAUGGGCCUGGACUCAUCGCAGCCCUCCCUUAGCAAGGACCUCCGGGAUGAAUUUUUGAUGAAGAUCUAUGGAGCCCAGCACCCCAUGGGCCUCGACGUCAGGGAAGACGCCUCCUCCCCCGCAGGGACUGAAGACUCGCACCUGAACGGGUAUGGAAGAGGCAUGGCGGAGGACUACAUGGUCCUUGACUUGAGCACCACCUCCAGCCUCCAGUCCAGCAGCAGCAUCCACUCCUCCCGGGAAUCCGACGCAGGCAGUGAUGAGGGGAUUCUUCUCGACGACAUUGAUGGGGCGAGUGACAGUGGGGAGUCGGCACACAAGGCCGAGGCCCCUGCCCUCCCUGGGAGCCUCGGGGCUGAAGUUUCGGGAUCUCUGAUGUUCAACAGCUUGUCCGGGAGCAAUGGUGGGAUUAUGUGCAACAUUUGCCACAAAAUGUACAGCAACAAGGGGACCCUGAGAGUGCACUACAAAACUGUGCAUUUGCGAGAAAUGCACAAGUGCAAAGUCCCCGGUUGCAAUAUGAUGUUUUCCUCUGUGCGAAGCCGAAAUCGGCACAGUCAGAACCCUAAUCUCCACAAAAACAUUCCCUUCACUUCAGUAGAUUAGUCUCAGAACGGACACUACAAAUGCCAGCUCUCACCAGAUGGCCUACAUAUUUG